AACCAAACCAAACCAAUAGUGUUCGGGUUUUUCUUUUUAAAACCAAACCAAGUCAAACCAAACCACUAGUCGGAUUUUUUUCUCGGUUUGGUUCGGAUUAUCGAUUUGGUGCGAUUUGUCGGUUUGCUUUGUACACCCCUAGUCAAGGGUAUCACAUGUUACAAACGCCUCUGACUAUUGACCAUGAAUAUAUGGUAUCAGUUAGUUUGAUGAGACUUAUGUGCGUGUGAUACACAAAUUAAAGGAGUGUGAAAGAGCAGGUUGUACCACCUAACGAUAAAAAAAACCUAAUUAGGCUUUCUUUAUUGUUCUUGUUAAAGAGGGCUUCAAUUCACCAUUGUUCAACUUAGAAACUCUCAUUCGUCAUUUUUAAGUUCCAAGUUUCAAUUUUUUUCUUCUGCAUUUGGAAAGGGGGUGAUGAACAUUUCCCUCAUUUUGUUUUUUUAGUGGAAAUCACUUUCUUUCACAACUACAACUACUUUUGACUUUAUAUUUCUUCUCUAGCAAUAUGUUAUGUCCAGGGGCGGAUUUAUGGGUAGCCUAGGGUGUUCACCCGAACACCCUCGGCGAAAUAUUUCACUGUAGAUAUAAGGUAAAUUUUCUGAAUUUAUGCAGAUAUAUAUAUUUUGAACACCCUCACAACAAAGAAAAGGAUAGCUCAGUGGUUUCAGGGUGUUCAAAAAUACCUCUGAGUCCCGGGUUCAAACCUGAGGGACAGCAUAUUUUUAAAGUUUAUAGGCUCUUAUUAUUUUUGCCAUUUAACUUCUGCAAAAGAAACUGCACCGUUUUGGUGCUCUUAUUUUUUUUUCUUUUUCUUAAACGUGGUGGAAUAGGGAUUUUUAAUCCCAAAACUCCAAAAGUCAAAAUCAGUUCCCAAAAUAAAAUCUUGUUUUCACGGUUCCACCAAAACUUGGGGAUAACAACUCACAAUCUACAAAUCACCGCCCCAGCCAUCAGAUCACCGCCGGCCAGCCGAAAUUUGUUUCCGACUACAGUAGCUUUCUUUGGUGACUGAACAACUGAUUCAAGAGUCAAUGAAGAAGUAUUUCACCAAGGUAUCAAAUUCAAGUUCAGGCUAUCAUAGUCAAUCAAAUCGGGAAGAAAAUGUGAAUCAUUUAGUAGCACCAUUGCAAUUUUCUCAAGAGUUCGAUUUAAGUUCUUUAGAGGCUGAUCCAGGUGAAAGAACUCAGAUCUUGGACUUUCAUCCAAAUCAUCGUGAUGCUAUUAGAAGAGAUUAUCUUCAAAAACGUCCUUGUCAACCUCAAUUGAAAGUUUUUCCUCAAACGUUGAUUUCUGGAGAUAUGCGUCGUUUCAAUCGUGAUUGGUAUGUUGAAUUUCCUGAUUGGUUAGAAUAUAGUCUAAGUAAAGAUGCGGCCUAUUGUUUGUAUUGUUAUUUAUUUAAGGCCAAUAGCAAUCGUCAAGGUGGAGGUAAUGUAUGGUCUGGUUUGGGGUUUAGGAAUUGGAACAAAAAGGAUAGUUUGGCAAAACAUAUUGGUGGGCCGAAUAGCAUCCAUAGUCAAUCAAAAAGAAAAUGUGAAGAUCUAAUGCGGCAACAACAAUCUAUUCAUGCUGCAUUUGAUAAGCAACUUAAUCAAGAUAAGCAUGGAUAUAAGAUUCGCUUAGCAGCUUCAAUUCGUGUAGUGAGACUUCUUGUGAAACAAGGAUUGGCAUUUCGGGGUCAUGAUGAAUCUAAAGCAUCGCUUAACAGAGGUAAUUUUUUUGAAAUUCUUUCAUUUUAUGCUCAAGAGUGUGAUAAAAUUCGUAGCUUUGUAUUGGAAAAGGCUCCUCAAAAUGAUCAAAUGACUUGUCCAAUGAUUCAAAAAGAAAUUGUGCUUGCUUGCAAGAUUGAAACAAUUAAGGGUAUCAUAAAGGAAUUAAAUGGUGACUAUUUUUCCUUAUUGGUUGAUGAAUCUUUUGAUGUAUCACGCAAGGAGCAAAUGGCGGUUGUUUUACGAUAUGUUGAUAGAAGGGGAUUUGUGAUGGAGCGACUUCUUGACAUUGUUCAUGUUAAAAAUACUAGUGCCUUAGCUUUAAAAGGUGCAAUUGUCAAUUUACUUUCUCAACAUUCCUUGAGUCUAUCUUGUGUGCGUGGACAAUGCUAUGAUGGAGCAAGUAAUAUGCAAGGUGAUAUCAAUGGCCUUAAAAUGUUGAUUAAGAAAGAAAGUAGAUCGGCUCAUCCCAUUCAUUGUUUUGCUCAUCAACUUCAAUUAACUCUUGUUGGUGUUUCAAAAAAAUGUCUUCAAGUGGGAGAACUUGUACAUUUGGUUUCAGAUAUUUUGAAUGUGUUGGUGGCUUCUUAUAAACGUAUGGAUGAAUAUCGAGAAUCUCAAAGGAAAAGAAUUCAAGAGGCUUUAGAAAAGGGCGAGCUUAAAACUGGUAGGGGCUUGCAUCAAGAACUUGGUAUUUCUAGAGCUUGUGAUACUCGUUGGGGAUCUCACUUCAAAUCUUUUAAUUGUUUUAUUCUUCAAUUUGGUACAAUAAUGGAUGUACUUGAUACUAUUGUUGAAACUGCACAUAGUUUGUGUCACGACCCAACCCCGUAGGCCGUGACUGGUGCCCGAUCUGGGCACCCCAAACCCAUCUAUCAAAUGUAUUCAAAUGUAUAGCAGAAGCCGACAAGGCUAUAUUCCAAAUUUAGAUA